AGACGCAUUUUCAGUUGCCAAACGAUACGAAAAGCGAACGCAUUUCAGCGUGUAAAGUCGAACAUUUGAAAAUAAAAGUGUGCUCAGACAAUUUUUUAUUGGCCAGUUUGUGGCUGUUGUUAUUGUUGUUGUUAUUGCUGCCGUAGUAUUCAAAGUGUUAUCGAAAAUUAAACGAGUCGCAAAAACAAAUUGAAAAUCGCUAAACUUAAUUAGCCCAUGUUACGGACCCGCUGCGAUUUCCAUUCAACGCGUCCGGUUGAUUUAGUUGUUUAAAGCACCUCGCAAUCGUCGAUUGUGGGAGUAAUUGUUGUGUGGACGUCUGAUAUAGGUAGUCAGUCAAAAUGUACGGGCGUCCAGCAUUGGGCAUUAGGAACUUUGAUUCCCUCAAGACCUGGGCCAACUGGGCAGGUGCCCUCGGCCUGGUGCAAGCUGUCAUAUGGAUCGGUCUGACGAUAACGGCAAUCAUUGCGUAUACCUGCAACAUUUACAUCGGCAACAAAAUGAACUAUGGCAACUUCGUGAAGUUCAUCUUCUUCGACGUCUACUUCCACGGCAGCUGCAAGAUGUCGUUGGAUGCCUAUCAGAGCUACAAUCGCACCAUGAUCAAUAGCGUUGAUACCGUCUUCGAUCCCACACAGCUGCUCAUCUGGGACUGCGUUUACCUUGGACUCGCGGUCUGCUGGUUCAUUGUAUCGCUGCUGCUCCUGACAGCCUUGAACAAAGAUAAUGUGAAGCAGACGUUGAGCGUGAUCUAUAGCUGGGCAUUCUUCGUGGGCGUCAUCUGUGCCAUGGAUCUGGUGGCUGGCGUUAUCUUUGGCGUUGACUAUAGCCGCUUCCAUGGGCGGGCAUCCGACUUCAAUGCGAACUCUAUGAACAGUGGCUACGUGGAUCCCAAUGCGGCGCAGCUUGUCGCUGGGGGCGUGGCAGCCAUAUCAAUGAUGAUCAUCGCCUUCAAGGGCUUCAUCAUGUGGCUGAUCAACCUGCACUUGCUCAUCUAUCUGGUGUCGCGGGCGGUGCAAAUUAACCAAGAUAAGGAUGGUUCGGACACGCUGUUCAUGCCACGCAAGGACUCCAACGACAUACUUAGCAGCAGACCCCCAAUACGCGCCUACGAGGAGGAGAAACUCGAGGUGCAGGCUUAUAACAAUGAUGCCUUCAUGCCGGAGACUCGCUCCACGGCGGAGACCAUCGAGGUAAACGAGGAGGCUAUUGUCCGCGCUGCUCAUAUGUCACGCGACGCGAACCUGAUGGAUCGUCGUUUCCGCAGCAUCGAUGCCUUCCAGCAGUAUCCGCUGCCCAACCCGAACAACAGACCCGCACGACAGUCCUCCCAGGGUCCUGUACAAGAGACAAUAGUUAUGGCCUCUACUGGUUUCCCAAUGCCCGACUAUUCGCCACAGCCCAGCCCCAAUCCCAAUGGCAUACUACGUCAUCAUCAGUACUAAAUGUGUGCCAAGGCAAUUCUACCUAAAGUAAUCCAUAUAAUUCUCAAAUAUUUAACGCCCCCACCCUAGCCAACGCCCUCGCCACACAAUUAAAGACAGCAAGAAGUAGAGCAGUUAACAUUAAGUAACAAACAUUUACUUGGCGCCAAUUGUAGUUUUAUCAGAGUAUUAUGUUCUAUUUAUUUACGGUCAACUAACAAUAGAUGUAUAUAUGCUAUUAUCUGUGAAUACAAUAUAUACAAAAUAUACAUAUUUAUACUUAUUUG